AAGAGAACAGACCAGUUGAGUUUAGACAGGCGGGCGGGCUCCAACUAGAAACCCUCUCGGAUAGUUUUUUUUUUUUUUUGUUGGCAUCAGAAUAACUUUUAGGAGGGCUUACUCGUGAGCAGCGUGUGUUAGUUUCUUUUCAUUACGAAGGGAAUGAAUCGUUUUCCACCAGAAGCUGUUUUCACCAUAACCGGUUUUGAGGAGGCGGCGAGGCAGGAGCAGCAGCAGGAGCAGCCGCGCCAAACUCACAAUGCGCCCUGAGUGAGCCCAGGCAGCAGGGAGACAAACAAUACAGCGCACACGGAGAGGAGCAGCGAUCUCCCAUCCGGGAUCUCUCGUUUUCAGCCCUUCUCUCUUCGGAGCCUUGUUCCAAGAAGGCUUUUUCCCCCCAGUUUUUUUAUUUUUGUUUAAUCCACAGCCGGUUACGCGAGCGGUCUAGAGUGGGGGGGAAACAAGUGAGACCAGAUCUCCAAACUCAGCCAUGACGUCUCCGGCAAAAUUCCGAAAGGACAAGGAGAUCGUGGCCGAAUACGAAACUCAAGUGAAAGGAGAAGCAGAUGGGACGCUCUAGCCGACAGGAAGACAAGCAGACGCCGCGCUCCCCCGACACGCUGGGCAGCAUCAGGACCGAGGAGAGGGUCGUCCGCCGCUCCAGCGUGAAAAAAAUCGAGAAGAUGAAGGAGAAGAGGCAAGCCAAGUACACAGAGAACAGGCUGAAGGCCAUCAAGGCCAGAAACGAGUACCUGCUGGCACUGGAGGCCACCAACAGCUGCGUCUUCAAAUAUUACAUCCACGACCUCUCCGACAUCAUUGAUUGCUGCGACCUGGGCUACCAUGCCAGCCUGCACCGAGCCCUGAGAACCUACCUGUCCGCCGAGCAGAACGUGGAGACGUCCAAGCAUACGGGCCUGGAGACGCUGGAGGGAGCAGCAGAGAGCCUGGAGGCCAACGGAGACAAGCAGAAACUGAUGGAGACCUACAACAACGUCUUCUGCCCUCCAGCUCGAUUUGAUUUUCAGUCCCACAUGGGGGACACGAUGGGAGUGGUGUGCGCACAACAGCCGCUGGAGGUGGAGCUCCACCAGAGGUGUCAGCAGCUGCAGUCGCGCCUCUCCACUCUUAAGAUCGAGAAUGACGAGGUGAAGAAGACCAUGGAGGCCACGCUGUCCACCAUCCAAGACAUGGUGACGGUGGAGGACUACGACGUGUCCGAGUGCUUCCACCACAGCAACAGCAUGGAGUCGGUGAAGUCCACGUUCAGCGAGUCGUACCUGAGCAAACCCAGCCUGGCCAAGCGCCGGGCCAAUCAGCAGGAGACCGAGCAGUUUUACUUCACGAAGCUGAAGGAGUUUCUGGAAGGCAGGAGUCUGAUCACCAAGCUGGAAGCCAAGCAUGAUUUAAUCCAGAAGACCCUGGGAGAGAGUCAGAAAACCGACUGUUGCCUUGCCAGUGGAAGGAGAAAUUCAACCGUGCAGAAGCAGGACUCAGGUGAAGCCAUUCCACUGAUGGUGGAGAGCUGCAUCCGCUUCAUCAGUCGCCAUGGUCUGCAGCAUGAGGGCAUCUUCAGAGUGUCCGGCUCUCAGGUGGAAGUCAACGACAUCAAGAAUGCCUUUGAGAGAGUAGGCGAGGACCCGCUGGCAGGGGACCAGAACGACCAUGAUAUGGACUCCAUCGCUGGAGUGCUGAAGCUGUACUUCAGAGGCCUGGAGCAUGCCCUUUUCCCUAAAGAAGUCUUCCAUGACCUCAUAUCCUGUGUCUCAAUGGAAAGCCUCCAGGAGCGAGCAGUCCACAUUAAGAAGGGUCUGCAAAGCCUUCCAAACAAAACCCUCAUCAUCAUGAGAUACCUGUUUGCCUUCCUCAACCACCUGUCCCAGUACAGCGAGGAAAACAUGAUGGACCCCUACAACUUGGCCAUCUGCUUCGGCCCCACCCUCAUGUCUGUCCCUGAAGGCCACGACCAGGUCUCCUGCCAGGCUCACGUCAACGAACUCAUUAAAACCAUCAUCAUCCACCACGACGCCAUCUUCCCAGGGCUGCAGGACCUGCCGGGCCCGAUAUACACCAUCCCGGGAGCGGGAGAUGAUUUCUGCGACAGCCGACCGUGUGAGCCCCCCCUGGUGGAGGAGCCCGCACCUGACGCCGUCUCUGUCACCCACAACAGCGAAGACGAGACCAUGGCUGAAGCGCUGGAAGCCGUGGCCCGGUUCGACUAUACGGGCCGCUCCAGUCGGGAGCUGACGUUCAAAAAGGGCGCCACUCUCCUGCUCUUCCACCGAGCCUCCGUCGACUGGUGGGAGGGGCGGCACAACGGGGCGGUCGGUCUGGUGCCGCACAAGUACAUCGUCAUUCAUGACACAUCCGACGCUGAACGAGGAAGUCCAAAGCAAGAGGUGGACAGCAGGGACCUGCUGGAGGAGAGGGUGUCCACUCGGGGCAGCGCCCCCUCUCCCACCGGGGGUCAUGUGGCCGACAUCUAUCUAGCCAACCUCAAGCUGAAGAAACGACCCGAGCCCGGGAACGUCCGCAGGCCGUUCAGGUCAGAGAGCGAGAGCACGGGUCCAGGAGCCGGCAGCGGCGGGGCAGGAGGCGCGAGAAACGCUUCUGCUCCCGGUGGAGCGCAGGUGAAAGACUCUGGAGACAAGCGUCCCGUCAGCGCUCAUAACAUCCUCAACUCGGUCACCCGUCACUCUUCGCUCAAAACAAAGGUGGAGAGUCCACAGCUAAGGAAGACCGCCCCUGCAGGACGCUCCAAGAGCUUCAGCAACCACAGACCCCUGGACCCUGAAGUCAUAAGCCACGUGGAGCUCAGCUCACAGGACACUCAGGACUCUGCCCUGAGCGAGUUCAGUAACUUUGAAAGACAAGGCCCCUCCAAACACACGCACACCCCUGACGUGGUCCUGGACACACUGGAGCAGCUGAAAGGCAUGAGCGGAGGCGGCGGAGGAGGAGGAGGAGGAGCAUCGGAGCCCUCCAGCCCGCUCCACUCCCGCCUGCUGCGGGACGGCGAGGGCGGCCCCUCCUGCGUCCACUCGCUUCAGCGCAGCGCCUCGUCGGCGAGCGACGUUCCCUCGUCCUUCCGCCCUCCUAAGACCCAGCCGAGGAGCCCCCUGCCCUCCGCCACGUCCCCCUCCCUGUCCUCGUCGACCCUCUCCUCAUCCGUACCCUCCUUCAGGGAGCUGCGCCCCCCGGCGACCAGGCCCAAGCCCGUGGUGUUCCCGAAGGGCGGAGGAGGGACCGGAAGCCCGGCUAUGGGCUCUCCGACCUCCACCGUCCCUCCGACCCCGCCUCCUCCACUCGUGGGCCACACACACUCUCUCCCCCAGACGCCCCCUCCUCCUCCGCCUCCCCCCCAGUCUAACGACAAAUCCUGCCCGGCUUAACGCUCCUGAAUUCCUUCUCAUAAUCCUGACAGCUCUUUUGGCGGGUGCAAAAAGCACUUCGGCUGUUUCACGUUUCCCUCUACUCACAUGUAGCAUUUUCUUAGGAACAGCUUAGGCGUCAAGUUGUCUUUAGCAGGAAAGGUGCGUCCUCUGCUGGUAGCUCUGCUUUACUACAAGUCAGCUAUAACAGGAGAAGCUUGAAUGUUUCUUCUAACCUCUGCAGAGGGACUGCAAACAUCGCUGGUUUUAAAAUAUCCAACAAGGGAACAGCAUCUGGAACCUACACACAAGUUUGUUUGUGUUUUUUUUUUUUUUUUUUUUUUGCUUUAGAUUUUUUUUUUCUUUGCAUUUGAAAUUGCG